GCCACAGCUCCUCGGUUUUUGCCCCCCAUCUGGCCCCCCUCUCUUUCUGGAAUCGGAAUUAUUCCCCAGAAUCCCUCAUCUUUUAUUCGUUUUUUUCCUCUGUAUAUUUCUCCAUUUUCGUUUCUCUUUCUUCCUGUAGAUUAGUAUAUAUCUGUAUAUAUAUAGAUCUUCACAUUAGGGUUACAAUUUUUUUUUUUGUUUUUCCUUCUUGUUUCGGUGUAUAUAAUUGACACAGAUCGCCAUGUCUGCACCAGUUGAAAUCAUUGGACAGAAUCUAAUUGAGGAUCUCCAGCAUCUAACAGUUGAAGAUCAGAAUAAAAUGAAGGGGAAUUGUACAGCAGCAGUGGAGGAGAUUAACCGAGUUGAGUGCGAUGCUAAUGAUACUACUAACAACAACAACAACAACCAUCACGGGAUUUGUGCAAUAUGUUUGAAUAAGAUAGUGCUUCAAGAAACUGCUCUUGUAAAAGGUUGCGAGCAUGCCUACUGUGUGUCUUGCAUCUUGAAAUGGGCUUCGUACAAAACGGAACCAACAUGCCCCCAGUGUAAACAUCCAUUCGAGUUCCUCAAUAUUCAUCGCGCUCUUGAUGGAAGCAUCCAUGACUACAUGUUCGAGGAGAGUGUGUGCCUUCUUCUAAGGGCGUCAUGGUUCAAGCCUCUGGUUGUGGUGGAGCACAAGGUGGUGGAUGAGGAAAUAGAAGACUACUAUUACGAGUACGAGGAUGAUGAAGAAGAAGAUUUAGAUGAUGAGGUUUACUUAGGAGGUAGUUCCUCGAGCCUGCGCAUAGGAAACCGAAGAUGGGGAGACAAUGGGUAUGUUAGAGGAGGAAGGCAAGAGGCGAGGCCAGUAGUUUACCGCCCGAACCUCCAAGAUUCUUCAGGUGCGGGCCCGUCUCGUGAGCCCAAUAAGAAGAAAGAGAGUGCGGUGAAUGAAAUAACGGUGGGGCGGCGUGCGAAACGGGCUUUGAAGAGGGAAGCUGCUGACAAGGUGGCUGCUGCUAAACAUCAGCAGCUUUUGGUCAGGUUGGGCCGUGUUUAGUAAAAAGAAGGCAAGAAGAACUCUUGUGCCAGGUGAUUUGUACAGUGGUAUUUCUCAUUCCUUUUUUUUCGUAUGUGAAAUAAGAGUUGCGGGCUGAAUAAUUUUAUAUUUGCCUAGGCCCGGCCUGUCUGGAUUUAAGUUGGUGUUGCCUGUUUGUAGUGAACUAAUUCUAAUUCAAGAUUCAUCUUCAUAGUUUCAUUCUUGAAUUUCGUCGAAUGUUACCUGUGUAUGAACUAAUUAUAAUUCAAGAUUCAUCCUUUUAGUUUCA